UCAAUCAGUUUAAAUUAUUGUCAAAAUAAACGUUUAUUUAAAUUGUGUUGUCAUGAAUAACGCAGGUAUUAAUGAGCGCACUAAUGUAUCUGAUCUAAUAACGAAGCUGUGUAAACACUUAGCACAGAACGAUGAAGUUUUAGCUGCAAAAUUGAAUGACAAAGCCAUCCGGUUGCUUAACGAAUCGAGCAGCAUAACUUCGCAUACGCCUAGCGACGAACCUUACUACAUCGAUCAAAUUAGAAGAUUGUUGGGCUCCCAAUCAAAAGAUAAGGUGGAAAAAUUCGAAUUGAUAUAUGCAACCAUUUCCAAAUCUAACGUAAUAAAACAGAGAACAUCCAUUUUAAGCUUUAUUUUUAAAAUUUCUGCUCAAAACGAUGGGUCGUUAUUUUCCUUGGGUAACAAAUUGGAACAAUUCAGCUCACAAAAUUUGCCUACUAGUAGAACUUCGUCAAAAAUUUGUGUCAAUAAGCCAAUAUUUCAUGAGGGUAAUAAUGUCCGGCAUAUUUUUGAUGGAAAAAAGUUUAACAGUUCUGUGUCUACAUUAAUAAGACCAAAUUCUCAGUCGACGGCAAUAUCUUCGGUGGCUGCUUGGUCAAGGAACGAUGUAGGCUCAUCAUCGAAAGGUUCAUUAUAUAAUGCCGUGUCUGAACAAGAUUUGUUACAAGACGCCAUCUACAGCCUGCAAGGCAUCGAUGGUAUGUACAUUAGAAAAGAACCAGGAGGAUGUGGCUUUACCCUAGAUCCGAAAGCGACGAAAAUUCUGUCGCCUAUCCAGAGGAGUCUCUUAGAUAGAUUGGUAGGGAUGAGCUUCUUACACAUGCAGUUGAAACAGUAUUGCGAAGAUAUUGAGAAGCAGAGCGGUACUAUAUUUCAAGCUCUGAAUGCCACCCUUAGACACGAGUUGUCAGAUUAUUACAAAAUGGUUGCCCUACUCCAAGCAAAUAUGAACGGCUGCUUGGAACAUGAAUUGACACUUCGGAGAGCUUUGUUUGUCGUGCAAGAUCAUCGGAUCAGAUUUGAAUGGCUGGCGUACAUCGCGGAGCAGUGCCGGGACAAAAAGGGGGGCGAACUCAUAACAGCCAUCCAUGGAUUUUUGCAACACGGCUCGAAGUGCGCCCAAGAGGUAUCGGAACGAGUGUUGAAAGCGGUCUGCAAGCCCCUAUAUAUAAUGUUGUCGCGUUGGCUAUUGGACGGCGAGAUUAAUGAUCCGUGCAAUGAAUUCUUCAUUGAAGCAAAGCACGCAAUUUCUGCGGAAAGGCUAUGGCACGAGAAGUACAACGUGCGCAAGGCCAUGGUACCGUCGUUUAUCAACAUGGAACAGGCCCUACGAAUAUUGGCUACCGGGAAGAGUAUUAAUUUUCUCAGACAAAUUUGCAAAGACGGUGGUCAGCUACCGGGCAGCGAAGCCCUCCAAAAGCUAUUUAAAACUACUUCCGCUGAAGCUCUAUUUAAGCCAGAAGAGAGUAUAGAGUUCCACUCGACCUUGGAAAGCGUAUAUAAAGAGACCUCUCUUCGAGUGUUGGAUCUGUUGAAAAAUAAAUUCAACCUAUAUGAUCAUCUUCAAUCAUUAAGAAGGUAUUUGCUUCUGGGGCAAGGCGAUUUCAUCCGAUAUCUUUUGGAAUUGCUUGCUCCAGAACUGAACAAACCGGCCGGUGAAAUCUACGGACAUACGCUUUCGACCAUAUUAGAAACCGCCAUUCGGGUGACCAACGCCCAAUAUGAACACGAAGACACGUUGCAACGGUUGAACGUUAGCUUUAUGAGCCACUCAAUCGGAGACACUGGCUGGGACGUGUUCAGCUUGAUCUACAUCGUCGACGGCCCGAUCGGGACGAUAUUUCAACCUACGAUGCCAACAUACCAGUGCCUUUUCGGCGCCCUGUGGAAAGCUAAACGGACCGAAUAUAUUUUGGCGAAUAUGCGCAGGCAGCAGCUCUCGAUGGCGAAACUGUUCAGGAGAAUUAAAGAGCUGGCACCGGUUAUGCACAUAAUCCACAUAUUGACGUGCAAGAUGAUCCACUUCAUUCACCAAACCCAGUACUAUUUCCUAUUCGAGGUACUCGAAUGCGCGUGGACGGAAAUGCAAAAUCGAGUGAACAGGGCCGAAUGCCUGGACGACAUCAUCCUCGGCCACACCAAUUUUCUGAAUUUUGUCCAACGAGGUGUAUUGCUGGAUGAACGUUCCAGGCCAUUGUUCUCACAUCUGAUUUCCAUAUACAACUUCGUCGUUAACUUGGAAGCACACCAGGACUCACUGUAUUCGGCAGCCGCCCGUGAAUACGAAGCUUAUAUCGAAUAUCGUCAAUUGGCUGAAAGCGUGGAUCAGUUCCAGGUGACGGCGGACGUUGAGAAAGCCGCCAAGGUCCGCCGCGCCACUUUCCAUCAAUUCCUCAACUCGACAAGACUCAAAGUGAAGAGCACGGCGCAGACCUACGACGUAAUCGUUACAAAGUUCCUCGAAUUGUUGACGUCAAGCACCGACCUGAAACUUCAGUUGCUGAGCGUGCGCCUAAGUUUCAACGACUUUUACAAGGUUGCCUGA